AUGUACGCGAGAUGUGGAUCACUGGACAGCGCUGCUCGCGAGUUCCAUGGAGCACAGGCAAGAGAUUUCGUUUCCUGGAACGGGAUGAUCACCGCGAGCGCGCAGCACUCGCGCUGGAGUGACGCGGUGGCUUACUUCCAAGAGAUGCAACAGGAGGGCGUGGAUCCGGACGAGGUGACAAUGGUAACUCUGCUCUUCGCGUGCAACCAUGCCGGGUUUGUGGAGCAGGGCUGCGACUACUUUGCGUCGAUGAGCAGGGACUAUGGGCUGAGCCCGCGACUUGAGCACAGCGCUUGCGUGCUCGACAUGCUGGGACGAUCGGGGCAUGUCGAAGUCGCGCAGGAGAUGUUGAAAGACUCGGCUUGCAGCGAUCCUGUGCUGUGGACAUCGCUGCUUGGAUCUUGCAGAGUUCAUGGCGAUUUGGAGCGCGCAAGAGCGGCGUCCGGCCAAAUUCUCGAUGUCAAUCCCGCGAGUUCUUCCGCUUAUGUGGUCUUGUAUCAAGCUCAAACCGUGUAA